AGGGCAUAGACCUGCAGCUCUCUCACGAGGCCCUGAGACAGGUUUAUCUCUCCGGACUUCGCUCCUGGAAAAAGCGCAUCGUUCGCCUGAAGAGUGGCACGUUCCAAACACACUUCUUAACCCGUCACUGGAACAGGCUCACGCUGAUCAAGAUCAAGAGUCAUCAAAUCAGGAACUCAUCACACAGCACUUCAUGUUCCCUGAAUUGUCAGAGAGAAAGUGAUGAAGCCUCUCUUUUACCUUCUUUCACUUCAUUCUCUCUCUCUCUGUGAAGAAUAAUGUGAUUACAGGUGUGUAUCCUGCGAGCCCAUCAUCCUGGCUCUUUGUGGUUAUAGCGAUCCUGGCCACCAUGUACACGCGCUCGGAUCCGUCCAUGGGCCUCAUCGCGAAGAUCCAGGAGCACCUGCCUGCCAGCGGCUCUUUGAGCCUGCAGUGUCAGACGGUCGUCUCGGCCGUGGUGUUCAGCACUCUGCUGUGGCUCUCCCUCAUCUUCACCAUGAAGCUGUGCCUGAAGCAGCUGCUCUCGUACCACCGCUGGAUGUUCGAGCACCACGGCAGCGUGUCCACCACUACCAAGAUCUGGGUGAUGUUGGUGAGGAUCUUCUCUGGUCGUCAGCCGCUGCUGUAUAGCUAUCAAGGUUCUCUGCCUAAUCUACCUGUACCUGCUGUCAAGGACACCGUCAAGAGGUACCUGGAGUCAGUGCGUCCUCUGAUGACCGACUCGGAGUUCGAGAGAAUGACGACUCUAGCAAGAGAUUUUGAGCUCAGUCUCGGGAACCGCCUUCAGUGGUACCUCAAGCUCAAGGCAAUGUGGGCCUCCAACUAUGUGAGUGACUGGUGGGAGGAGUAUAUCUACCUGAAAGGCCGCGGCCCCAUCAUGGUGAACAGCAACUACUACGGCAUGGAUUUUAUGUUUGUGACCCCGACUCCGAUCCAAGCGGCCAGAGCGGGAAACACACUGCACGCUCUCCUCCUGUACCGCAGGAAGCUAAACAAGGAGGAACUCAAACCUAGCCGUAUCCCUGGCACUUUCAUUCCUCUGUGUGCAGCUCAGUGUGAGAGGCUUUUCAACACCACACGAACCCCAGGAGUGGAGACGGACACAGUGGUGCACUGGAAUGAUAGCGAGCACGUGGCCGUGUACCACAGGGGGCGAUAUUUCCGUCUGUGGCUCUACCAGGCAGGCAGGAUGCUGACGCCGCGUGAGAUCGAACAGCAGAUCAAGCGAAUCCUGGACAACAAGUCUGCCCCAGCGCCAGGCGAGGAGAAGCUGGCAGCAUUAACUGCAGGGGACCGAAUUCCAUGGGCUGAAGCCAGGAAGGAGUUCUUCAGCUCUGGCGUCAAUAAGAGAUCUCUGGACUGCAUCGAGAAAGCUGCGUUCUUCGUCACCCUGGAAGACGAGGAGCAAGGCAUGAUGGGAGACGACCCGGACACUAGUAUGGAUCGCUACGCCAAGUCUCUGUUUCACGGAAAAUGUUACGACAGGUGGUUCGAUAAGUCGUUUACUGUGGUGCUGUAUAAGAACGGGAAGAACGGCCUGAACGCCGAGCACUCCUGGGCCGACGCGCCCAUCGUCUCGCACAUGUGGGAGUAUGUCCUGACCAUGGACAGUUUCCAGUUGGGUUAUAAUCAAGAGGGACAUUGCAAAGGUGACGAGAAUCUGUCUCUGCCCCACCCACAGAGAUUAUCCUGGGACAUUCCUUCGAAGUGUCAGGAGCGUGUCGCUGAGUCUCUCUCGGUAGCGCAGGCGCUGGCCGAUGACAUCAGCUUUCACGUUUUCGCCUUCCGAGAUUUCGGCAAAGGCAGCAUUAAGAAGAUCCGCGUGAGCCCCGACGCCUUCAUCCAGUUAGCGCUGCAGCUAGCCUACUACAGGGACAGAGGGAUGUUCUGUCUGACGUACGAGGCGUCGAUGACGCGCCUGUUCCGCGAGGGCCGGACUGAAACCGUGCGCUCGUGUUCCAGUGAGACCUGUGCCUUCGUCAAAGCAUUCCAGAAUGGAGAGGCGGUGGACGUGUGCAGGCGUUUGUUGCAUACGGCGACUGAGAAGCAUCAGAUGCUCUAUCGGAUGGCCAUGACAGGAGCUGGAAUAGACCGACACCUCUUCUGCCUCUACGUCGUCUCAAAAUACCUGGGUGUUGAGUCGCCCUUCCUCAAAGAGGUGCUGUCCGAGCCGUGGCGUCUCUCCACCAGUCAGACUCCGUUCCAGCAGGUGGAGCUGUUUGACCUCGUCAAUCACCCCGACUACAUCACAUGCGGAGGAGGAUUUGGACCUGUUGCUGAUGAUGGAUACGGCGUGUCUUACAGCAUCAUCGGAGAGAAGAUCAUGAGCUUCCACGUCUCCAGCAAGCGUUCGUGUCCUCAGACCGACUGCCGUAGAUUCGGAGCACAGAUCAGCAAGGCGCUGCUGGAUCUUUUGCAGCUCAUGACGGACGAUAAGAGAGAAGCGCCACGAAGCGAGCAGAACCACAUCGCAAAGAAAGAGCUGUAGAGUGGAGGGGCGGAGCGAGGGAUUCAUUCAGUAUAGAAAGAUUUUUUUUAAUUUUUUUUUUUUAAAUUAGUGUUUUCUCUUUCUGUGUGUGUGUGUGUGUGUGAGAAUGAUGCAAGGACCGGAAAGAGGAAUAGGAUAGGAUAGGCUAGAAUCACCACCGAUGCAUUAACACAUGGAGAGAUGACUUUAGAAGACGAAGGCGAUCCAGUCCUGUCUGUUCAGGAGGUAGGGAUUAACAGCAGCAUCUCGGGUCCAACAUUCAGAAAGCUCCUGCGUCCCAGUCCGAUCAGGGUCAGCUCGGUAUGUUUUACUUCACACAAGUGGCCACUUGCAGUGUAAAAGCAAGGACAACAUAUUUCAAGUAACUUCACAUUUCAAGGUGAAGAAUCUUUUAAAAAAAAAAAAAAAAAGUUUUUAAUCACCAUAGUCGACGAAAUGUGGUUUGGGAUGGAUGAAAAGGGCAUCCUGGCUGAGAAAGGAGGUAGCGAGCGGACAGCCUGCCUGCAGGUUAAUGGUUGAAAUACUGGCUGGGAGCACAGGAAUGCAACCUCGCAGUGUGUAUCGUCUGAAAUGCUAGAAUUCAUUUCAUUUAUUUCAAUGUUCAGUUAAAUUUUUUUUUUUUUUUUUAAAGCUUUCUGGUGAAUUGUGCGGCUCAAGUUUGCACUCGUUGGUUCGAACAUCCAAGAGCUCCAUCUCGGACGAAAGGAACCCAAAUCUAACGUACACCACUGGACUUCAAGGCGCAACGAGAUAAAGAAGUACCCGGAAAAGAAUACGUGAUAGAAAUGUUUUUGUUUUGUGUGCGCAGGCGCGUGUUGUUUUUUAAAAGAUCAUGAACAAUCCGAACCUCACUCCUACACACUGGAAUGUACAAUUCUACAUGUAUUUAAUUAUUAAAUGCGUUUUAUAUGUAUAAUAUAGGAUCGAUGUUACACAUUAACACCGUGCAGUCAGUGAACGAACGUUUUCAGAAUUUAUCAGACCUCACAUUCGGAUUUGACGAACAGAUCACGCCGAAUUAGUUUUACUUGAAUGAUCUUUUGUGUUAAUGACGUUGCCGGACAUAAUUAGGUAUGAAGUUCAGAACAAAAGCGUGCAGGUGCUCGAGUGAUUUUUUUUUUUUUUUAAAGACUGUAAAAUGAAUGCAUGACAUGAUGGUUAUAAUGCAUGAGUGAGUGCGAAUAAUUAUUGCCAGAGUCACGUAACGAUCACACCUGAAGGGAACCCGGUCGUUCAGUCUGAACCGUUGGGACGUCUCGGUGACGGUGUGAUUUUCCACGGCUCAGAAGAUGAUCUCCAAGAAGGAUCGAAGCAUGGUCAGAUGAAGGUCAGGAAUUUGUGGAGGUUUUAAAAAAAAAAAAAAAACAGUGGAGCACUCGCCAUUGAGAUUUUUACUUCACGUAUUCUUCAGACUUGAUAAUAAUGGAUAUUGUGAUUUAUUAUUAUUAUUACACAAGUUUUUUUUUUUUCACUCUACACUUUGUCCUUUCUUUGUCUUAUGAAUUUAACCACUGCGGUCUCGUUGCUGUUCUUGUGAUUGUGGUGUUUAUUCUAUGAUGUCAGAACUAAAAACUAAAACAAAAUGAAUAUUUGUAACAUAAUUAACUCCUGCUUGUACGCUGUCUAAUUAUAAAGAACUCUUCCGCCCCCCCACACACACUUAAUUAUCGCUUUCUCAGGCUAGUAGUUUGCAUCCAUGUUUAUUUCCUUCUGCUUGCUUUCGUCUUUCGGGCAGUCGUGAGUCUUUCUCACUCUCGCAAGAUUCUGUAUUUUAUACGUCUUUAUGGGGGGGGGGGGGAUCUAAACUCCUGAAGUUUUUUUUUUUAAAAUAAAAAGAUUGA